AUGAACCACAGACCGCUGGCGGCACAUCGCAGCAGCCGGCCUGCUGGCAGCAUGGACAACCCCAGGGCCAGGAGCCGCGACAACCUGCUCAUGUACGAUGAAUUUGGGGAUGAAUUUGGCUGUGCGGGGAGAUGUCUUGGCCACAGCAGCUCUGACCGGCAGCUCGCAGGUCGCCUCAAUGCUGUCAAACGUCGCCAGGCUCUGCGGGGCCCUGCCUACAUGUUCUCUGCUCCCUCAGUCAGCCUGUCGGAGGUUGAGCAGCGUUUCCUGGAGGCGGCUGAGUACGGUAACAUUCCCGAGGUGCGCCGCAUCCUUCUGCACGUGCCCAGCCUCAAUGUCAAUGCUGUGGACUACAUGGGCCAAAAUGCCCUACAGCUGGCCGUGGCCAACGAGCACCUGGAGGUGACGGAGCUGCUCCUGGGAAGAGCCGAUCUGGCCAGAGUUGGUGACGCCCUGCUAUUGGCAAUCAGUAAAGGUUACGUCCGCAUCACGGAGGCUCUGCUCGGUCACCCGGCGUUCAGGGACAGCCGUCGUCUGACAGCCAGCCCUGCUCAGGCGGACAUGUUGGAUGACUUCUACGCCUAUGAUGAAGACGGGACCAGGUUUUCUCAUGACGUGACUCCGGUGAUACUUGCAGCCCACUGCCAGGAAUAUGAAAUAGUUCACACCCUCCUGAGCAAAGGGGCCCGCAUCGAUCAUCCUCACGACUACUUCUGCGGCUGCGACUCCUGUAACUACCAGCAGCAGUUUGACUCGUUCAGCCACUCGCGCUCCAGGAUCAACGCCUAUAGAGGACUGGCCAGCCCUGCCUACCUGUCCCUGUCGAACGAAGACCCGGUGCUGGCAGCCCUGGAGCUCAGCAACGAGUUGGCCGUGCUGGCUGACACCGAGAAAGAAUUUAAGAAUGACUACAGCCGUCUGUCCAGCCAGUGUAAAGACUACGUGGUGGGUCUUCUGGAUCUGUGUCGCAGCACAGAGGAAGUAGAGGCCAUCCUGAAUGGGGAAACGGUCGCUGAAGACAGUUAUGAAGUACCAGGUCGCCCCUCACUCACGAGGCUCAAAUUAGCCAUCAAAUAUGAACUCAAAAAGUUCGUGGCUCAUCCUAACUGUCAGCAGCAGCUGCUGAGUAUCUGGUACGAGAACCUGCCCGGUCUGAGACAGCAAACCACCGCCAUCAAACUGCUGGUGGUGCUGGCCGUGGCCAUAGCGCUGCCCGGACUGGCCAUGGCCUACUGGAUCACGCCGUGCAGCAGAGUGGGAAAAGUGAUGCGCAGCCCCUUCAUGAAGUUUGUGGCUCAUGCGUCGUCCUUCACCAUUUUCCUGGGCCUUCUCAUCCUGAACGCGGCUGAUCGCUUUGCGGGAACCACGUUAUUACCGAACAUGACCCAUCUGCAGCACCCUGGAAGUCAACUCAAGUCCGACCCACUGCUCCUCUACCGCAAGACCACCACGCCCUUCACCUGGAUGGAGAUCCUCAUUAUUUCAUGGGUUAUGGGUAUGAUUUGGGCCGAAGUGAAGGAAAUCUGGAGUCAGGGACCGGGAGAAUACCUGGUGGAGCCUUGGAACUUCCUGGACUUUGGGAUGCUGGCAAUCUUUCUUGCCUCCUUCAGCUGCCGCUUCUCUGCCAUGAGACAUGCUGACCUAGCUCAGGCCUACGUGUACAAACACUGUAAAACGCUGGUCAAACUGCCCCCAGAGAUCCAUUACUUUACUCAGGCUCGCCUUUACUGGAUGCCGUCAGAUCCCCAACUUGUAUCGGAGGGCCUUUAUGCAGUUGCAGUGGUGCUGAGCUUCUCACGGAUUGCUUACAUUCUCCCGGCCAACGAGAGCUUCGGUCCGCUCCAGAUCUCUUUAGGGAGGACGGUCAAAGACAUCUUCAAGUUCAUGGUCAUCUUCCUCUUGGUCUUCCUAGCGUUCAUGAUUGGCAUGUUCAACCUGUAUUCCUACUACCUCGGGGCAAAGCAGAACGACGCCUUCACCACCCUGGAAGAGAGCUUCAAGACUUUGUUCUGGGCCAUAUUCGGGCUGUCUGAGGUCAAGUCUGUUGUGAUCAACAAUGGACACAAAUUCAUUGAGAACAUUGGUUAUGUGCUGUAUGGGGUGUAUAACGUUACCAUGGUGAUAGUGCUGCUCAACAUGCUGAUUGCCAUGAUUAACAGCUCCUUCCAAGAGAUUGAGGAUGAUGCUGAUGUUGAGUGGAAGUUUGCUCGGGCAAAACUUUGGAUCUCCUACUUUGAGGAGGGAAGGACUCUCCCUGUGCCGUUCAACCUUGUCCCCAGUCCAAAAACUAUGCUGGGAUUGGUCAAAGCAAUCAGGUCCCUGGCUCUGAAAUUGAUGGAAGGUCGCAGGGAAAAUAAAUUUGAGACACAGCUCAACCAGCUUGGGGAAGACAAAAAUUCAGGAUACGGAAGUUCAUCCAGUCCAACACGAUAUGAGAAGAUCAUGAAGCGACUGAUCAAGCGUUACAUAAUCAAAGCCCAGGCAGACAAAGAAAGUGACGAAAUUACGGAAGGAGAGCUGAAGGAGAUAAAGCAGGACAUCUCCAGUCUGCGAUACGAGUUGUUGGAGGAGAAAUCCCAGAGCAUGGAUAUGCUUGAUGAGCUGCUGAGGAGGCUGGGAGAGAUCAGCACACCUUUAUAG